AACGACGUCCAUAAAUCUCCAGGCUCCGGUGCCGCGAUACCGCUGUCAACUUUAGUCGCUUUUAGGAAAUUCCGAGAACUUUACACGCUAGAUUAAUACCACCGAGAGAGAAUGUGUCCUCGACGAUCUAACGAAACGAGAAACGGCGGCACAAGCAACAGGACCACCUUCGCAGUGAUCCGCUUGCUCGACCUACCGUGAUCAAAAGUGAAAUCUCGUUCGAUAGUGGCUCGCCUUCCCUUAACGUGUCGCGAUUUCAGUGUGACUUUGUCUCCAAGUCUGUUACCAUACGCCUAUUCGUCCUGUUCGUGGCGCGAAAGUCUUGGUUCGUGUUAGAAGUUCGCGCGAUGGACUCUCGUCGAAUCGCUGCGACCAACUGACGGAGAUCUGUCGAAUCUGAUGCGAUAUCUGAUAACCGAGGAGAUCUUGGAUUAAAACGGAGCCUUGAGUCGCUAAAUUUUUGACUAUCUGAGCGACGAGAUGUCGGCGAUCACGGCGGAAUUGUCUGUGAGACGACCGGUCUAUCAGCAGGACGAACUCAAUCACCUGUGCAAAUACGUGAAGCCCAAAGAGUCGCUUUUGCAGAAUAUAUCAUCGAGAUGCGGGCGAACAAAACCGCUGACGGUUUUAAAGAACUCGAUACCCCUUAUCGGCUGGUUGCCGAAGUACGAUUGGAAGAACGACAUUCUAGGCGACAUCAUCGCUGGAAUUACCGUCGCUGUGAUGCAUAUUCCCCAAGGAAUGGCAUACGCGAUCCUGGGUAACGUGCCGCCAAUAGUUGGCAUCUACAUGGCCUUCUUCCCCGUUCUCGUGUACUUCUUCCUUGGCACGUCCAGGCAUAAUUCGAUGGGUACGUUCGCGCUGAUUUGCAUGAUGACUGGAAAAGUGGUCUCGAUGUACAGCGACCAUGGACCCACCCUCAGAAACGAGACCAUGGGAAGCGAGGCGUUGCCCCACAGCAAUCAUUAUACCUCCGUAGAGGUCGCGACCGCGGUCACGUUCACUGUCGCCUUAAUUCAGCUGGGGAUGUACGUGCUGCGGUUGGGCAUCAUCACAUCGCUGCUCGCCGACAGUCUCGUCAGCGGAUUCACCACCGCCGCGGCUAUCCAUGUAUUCACGUCCCAGGUGAAGGAUCUGCUAGGGCUGACGAAUCUCGCCAGACGAAAGGGACCCUUCAAGUUGAUCCUGACGUAUGCGGACGUUCUCAACAAUAUCCAGAACGUCAACGGAGUGGCCAUUCUGCUCUCAAGCGUCACCAUCGUCAUUCUCGUCAUCAAUAAUUUUCUGAAGCCAAAGGUGGCGAAAGUGAGUCCUUUCCCCGUCCCCAUAGAGAUGAUGGCAGUCAUAGUCGGCACGCUUAUAUCCGUCUAUGGGAAUCUUGCAACCUCCUACAGCGUCGUGACCGUUGGUCACAUACCAGUCGGUUUACCAAACCCAUCUAUGCCUCCACUAGAAUUGAUACCAAGCAUCCUAAUGGACAGUUUCGUCAUCACCAUGGUGUCCUACACCAUCUCCAUGUCCAUGGCGUUCAUCUUCGCGCAGAAGCUCGGCUACGAAGUGGACUCGAAUCAGGAAUUAAUGGCACAGGGUAUGGGCAACCUGGUCGGCUCCUUCUUCUCUUGCAUGCCCUUCACAGCCUCGCUGUCGAGAUCCCUGAUCCAGCAGACUGUCGGUGGACACACACAGCUGGCGAGCUUGAUAUCAUGCGGGAUUUUAAUCAGCGUGCUGCUGUGGAUUGGUCCGUUCUUCGAGCCUCUGCCACGGUGCGUCCUGGCCAGCAUAAUCGUGGUGGCCCUGAAAGGCAUGCUAAUGAAAGUGACGGAGUUCAAGAGGUUCUGGCAACUGGACAAAACCGACGGGAUCAUCUGGGCGACGACGUUCAUCACCGUGGUUCUCCUGGACGUCGAGUACGGCCUUGUUCUGGGGAUCGUCCUCUGCGUAGGCAAGCUGAUCCUCUUCGCUGUGCAGCCUUACACCUGCGUGCUCGCUCUGGUGCCUGGUACCGAGCUUUAUCUGGAUUCCAAGAGAUAUAAAAACACUGUACAGCUGCCUGGCAUAAAAGUAUUCCACUACUCGGGAAGCCUGAACUUCGCCUGUCGACAGUACUUCCGCGAUCAGGUGUACAAAGUUGCAGGACUUAUACCCAGGAAGGAAUCGGAUGGAGGCUUCAAGCAUGAUGAAUUGAGGGAAGUUAAAAAGUUGCAAGUCUUGAUACUGGAUUUCACCGCGGUGAGUCACAUAGACCUGGCGGGCGCGACGACCCUAAGAAAUUUGAUCAACGAGUACGUCGAGGCUGAUGUCUCCGUGUACAUCGCAGGUUGCUCAGGGCCCGUGUACGAGAUGACGAGGAAGUGCGGGCUGCCAGAAUGCAAGGGAGACCUGUUCGCCAUGUUCCCCACCGUUUCAGACGCGGUGCAUUUUGCAAAAUGCAACCUCGAACCAUCCUCGAUACCGUGGAGCUCAACGAUACACGUGGACACUUCCAUCGCGAGACUAUGACAGGAUAUGCCAAUUCGUGGCUUCCAAAAGGAAGCUGCUAAAAAGAAUACAGUAAUACCUCACCAAACUUCCUGUUCGGAGGAAGCAUUUUUUAAUAUUUAUUCAAUUGUGUACGAAUGGAUAUAUACUAGGAACAUCUAUUAAGAAAAUUGCUAUGGUGCCAAUUUUUAAGGUUUUUAAUAACCCUGACAGGAAGUCACUUAAAGAAAAAAACAAGAGGUUCCGUGUUUUCGUAAACUCAACCAAUUUUCUUGCUCAAUGUCGCUGGCAUACCUAUGUAUAUAGACACUUUAUCGCGAUCUCGUUUUGAAUUCAGUGAGUGUAGCAGCGCGUGUCAGCCAGGUCAUUAACCAUCGGCGUGAAACGCGAAUUGCUAACAUAAUUGCACGCGGUUUGCGCCAAUAGUGCGACUUCUAACUGGCGACGAAACCUCUUUUGUACUUAAAAUAUAAAAGGACCAUUUCGAGAUGCACGAUUGCAACAAAACUCGCCAAUAUUACUGUCCAUCGCAUAGACAUAUGAAAAUAUGAAUAUAGUCAUAUGAAUAUAUUCAUACGUCUAUGGUCCAUCGUUACAUAUUCUGAACAUAAAACGAUCGCAUGUAUUAUUUAUACUAUGCAUUUAUUUAAUUUAUGUAUUAUAAAUGAUUACGUGUUACUUGUUGAAGUAAGUCGAUUGUGAUGAAAAUUUGCACAUUGUGAAAGAUGACAAAAUAAACUAUAUUAUUUAUAUUAUAA